AUGCACCUUACACGUGAUGGGCCUAAGCCAAAAUGCUUCUUCACGCAAGCCAAUCUACCGACCUUCGUUGAUCAUGACCACCCUCCCAUCAAGAAACAGCCUUUGGCAACUGUUGUGAAGCAGAAUUUUACGCACACACUUGACUUGAUCGUCCCUGAUACGCACCUUGACAAGCUCAAUGCAGCACUUACGAAGGGACCAGGCGAUCUACACUAUGCUCGUGUGUAUAUGAAGCUCAGUGAGAUCCUUGACGGCGACUUCUUCAACACGUACAUCAAAAGUGACGACAUCCUCAUGCUAUCUGAAGGACGACCAGGCAUAGACCAUAUGUACUCGUUGUGUGAAGGAGUGCUCCGGCUCGAGGUCGACAGGCCGGCAUUCGAGCGUACGGGUCUGCCUGGAACGGCAAUACCAAGUCAAGGGAGAAAGCAUGUCAAAUCAAGAUAUGCUAUCGAAGUAAAUCUGCGCCUACCAUCUAUGGUCAGUGGCAAGCCUGGCUUCGAUCGCCUGGUCUGGGCUUGCCGCAAUGUGCUCAACCGCUCCGUCGCGUGGUUGAUAUACAAUUCGAAAUCUCCAGGAGACUUCAGCGGUCCCAUCUCGUCCCACCAACCGUCGAUACGUGCCAUCGAGGCUGAAAUCAGCCAUACCAAAGCUCGCACAAUGCCGGCUCGGCCUGGCGUCGUAGAUGAACAUGACUUCGAUGAGGCUACAGCACUGCUGGAAUGGAUGACUCUUGUGGCCAGCGGGUCAGUGAGAGCUCUACCGUUAGCCAGUGAGCACGAGAUGUCAGGAGUGGAGAGCUCCGGCGUGUCUGCACUGAGAUGGCACGGCUUCAUACCUUCGAGCUUCGUUAUCGGUAUCCUCCUUCCAGCAUUGAAGGUGUGCAGCAAUGACUGGUUCGCAAUGAUAGCUACAUCAUUCGAUGGCAGCGCCUACGCCACCAUGAAGUCCGAAGAUCAUAUUAUGGUUUGGGAGUUUACGGACUGA